CCGAACAGAGUUAAAACUUCAAAUUACUUCUAUGACUGUAUACUAAUAAAAUCAAUAUAAAUACUUAUAAUGAUUAAUAAUUAGCAAAAAAUGUGUUUUUUAAUAUUUUAAUGUCGAAAUUUGAUUAUCAAAUCGGGUAAAUUGGUAGCUAACUAUUUUUGCCAACUUGAUUGGAACAUUAGACAUAAUUUGAUAUUUGUGAGGUUAGAUUUUUUAGAGACAAGUUUGUAUAUUUUCUAGUUUUAAAUUUAUUUAUCUAGAAAUUUAGGGCAUUUCAGUUUCUUAUCUAAACUCUUAUCGUUUUACAUUACAUAAUAGAAUGGGUGACACAGAUGCCGAUGCUAAACAGCAAACUAUAGAUGAAGAAAUUGAAAACUUGUCUCACGAAGAUUUGUUGGAGAUAACUCAAAGUAGCAUUCGAAGGCUUAUCACUUCUGAUCCUUUACUGAGCGAUUUGCCUCCUGACGUUACUUUUGAAGAGGUCGUAGCUCAGAUUGCUGUCGCACAAGGACAAUCCAUAACUGUUAUUGUCGACAGGUAUUCUGAGUCUCCCCUGAAUGUUGUGAUACCCCAAAAAGGCACCUCAGUCCUGGACCUAAAGAAAGCCUACAGGCGCGCGUUCACUCUAAAGCAACAGCGUCAAAGAAUCAAAACGAAAAUCAGUUGGAACUAUGUCUGGAGGACCUACCACUUCCAGAACAUCCAAAACGGACAAGUCAUGAGAGACGACAACCGAGAGGUGUCAGAAUACGGAAUAGUCAAUAGGUCUCAAAUCAGAUUCGUGAAGCGGCUGAGGAAGGACUCGUCAAAGAGCGAGUCAUGCUGACUAAAUAUGUCAAUAAAACGUUCGAAUUUAAAGUGGAGCCCCAUUUUGGCUCUCGUAAUUAUCCCUCUGGCAGCUCUUGAGGGCAGUAGAUACCCCUGGCUGGAUCAAAUCGCUAGGCAGGAACAAUUAUUAGUAGGCUGUGAUAAUAUGGGAUUGAGAUAUAAGAAAAAAUUAGCUAUAGAUAAAUUGAAUCACAUUCUGGUCGAUCAUAAUCACAAAUUGUUGUAUUGCUACGUUCCUAAAGUUGCUUGUACGAAUUGGAAGAGGGUCCUUAUGGUUUUGACUGGCGACUCGGAUACCAAACAUCCCGUUCAAAUAUCGGCCAACGUGGCCCAUAUGGAUAAUUCGACUUUAAAAUUGUCCCAAUUGACGCAAGCAGAGGCGGAUUCAUGUUUAAGAGAUUACACGUUAUUUUUAGUAGUCAGGCAUCCAUUCGAAAGGCUGCUUUCGGCUUAUAGAAACAAGUUCUUAGACAAUACGCCUACCAAUAAGUAUUUUAAAUAUCGAUAUGGAAAGUACAUAAUUCAGAAAUACCGCAAAAAUCCCGCGCCUGAAGACUUGGAAUCGGGCGCGAACGUGACUUUCAGAGAAUUCAUUCGAUAUCUUAUAAAGGAAGGAGUUCUCAGCAACGAACAUUGGGCGCCAGUUUACGAGCUAUGUUUGCCUUGCACGUUGAACUACACCUUCGUCAGUCAUUACGAAACCAUCUUAGACGACGCCGCCACCAUUUUGAACAUGGUUAACGCGCCAUCUGUGUCGUUUCCGGUGACUAGAUCGAAGAGGACGAAAGAUAAUUUGAGAUUUUAUUUUCAGCAAUUGAGUAUUUACGAGAUUGAGGCUUUGUAUAGGUUGUACGAAGCUGAUUUUAAAUUGUUCGGGUACGGGUUAGAAGAUUUGUUGGGUUACGAUCUAGCUUGACUUUUACUUUAUAUUUGAUCAUUUAGAAAAAUGUUUAAUAGUAGGAAAUUUUAACGUUGUAACUUAAUUUUAGUGACAAAAAUUAUUAGUUCUAUUUGCAGCUCUGGUCGUUAAGAAAUAUACUAAAAGCUUAAAAUUACAUUUUUUUAUUACAAAUGUUAUUUUAAGCUGCGCUUGUUUCUGAACGAGUAGCUGUGCAAACGGCCUUUAAUAAUUUGAUUGUUUCUGUUCCAUUUUUAUUGUGUAGACUGUCAAUUGUCGUUAAGCGAUUGACAAGUGACAUACGAUUGUUUAAUGUGUAUUUUGCAUAAAAGAAACUUUAAAUAGUUUGUUUUGAUGUGUAAAUAUUGUAUAUUUUAAAUAAAUGAAGGCUCUCUUUGUAAAUGUUUUGUACAAUUUUUUACUUUUUUUUCUAAUGAAAAAUAAAUUUAUAUAACUGAAAUUGUCUUUUAUUCGUCUCCUUGACAUGUGUCAUUUGCUGUUAAUACUUGUAAUAAAUGACGUUUGACAGAUGACGUAAAUAUGGGUAUAAACAAUAUACAAUAGUGCAAAUGGCCCUUAAUAAUUUGACUAUCUUGGUUCCAUUUUUAUUAUGUAGACUGUCAAUUGUCGUUAAUCGAUUGACAAGUGACAUAAGAUUGUUUAAUGUCUAUUUUGAAUGAAAGAAACUUUAGUUUGUUUCCAUGUGUAAAUAUUGUAUAUUUUAAAUAAAUGAAAGCUCUUUGUAAAUGUUUUGUACAUUUUUUUACUUUUUUGUAAUGAAAAAUAAAUCUAUACGACUGAAAUUGUAUUUUAUUCGAGCGACGUUGACUUAUGUAAUUUUCUAUUAAUAUCACAUGUAACGAAUGACAUUUGAUAGAUGACGUAAAUAUAGGUAUAGUUGUGCAAAUGGCCCUUAAUAAUUUGAUUGUUUUGAUUCCACUCUUAUUGUGUAGACUGUCAAUUGUCAUUAAGCGAUUGACAAGUGACAAGAUUUUUUCUGUCUUUAAAUGUGUAUUUUGCUUAAAAUAUGUUUUCAUGUGUAAAUAUUGUAUAUUUUAAAUAAAUGAAAGCUCUCUUUGUAAAUGUUUUAUUUUUCUAAUAUAAAAUAAAUCGAUACAACUGAAAUUGUCUAUUAUUCGGGUGACAUUGACAUGUGUCAUUUGGUAUUAAUACUUGUAAUAAAUGACGUUUGACAGAUGACGUAAGUAUAAAUUUAAAAAUGCAAAUAAUUCAAUCAAAACUUUUAUUUUUAAAAUUAAUUUACAUACAUAUUAUAAUUUUAACAAUGGUAUAUAAAAAAAAUCACAUUUUUUUAUCAUUUCAUUCAAUUAAUUGUCAGUCCACUUUUAUUAUACAGGCUGUCACAUUAAUUACACUUAUUAAUUAUAGGUAUUUACAGUAAAAUUCCAAGUUAAAAAUAAUAAAAAAUCGUCAUUCGAUUAAAAAAGUAACAUACAAAUAAUGCUGGGUUAAUACAGCCAGAUUUAAUUUCAUAUAAUUUAAGAUUCGGUAUCAUCUGCAUUUCUAUUUACUAUACCAUCUUCUUCAACCCUAUUGUAUCUUCUGCUAUUGAUGAAGGUUUUUAUUUGUAUUAUUAAUGAUCUGCCAGUAAUACCGUUGUAUAGUGACAGACCGGCGAGAAGAAGCACAAAUCCGAGUAACUA